AUGCCAUUAUUUAUUUAUACAUUAGAGGAACGUUUUAAUUAUUUAUCAAAAGAUAUUCGUUAUUGUGAGGAAAGUCUUCAUAUUGGAUUAAGUUUAAUACAAAAUAUUAAAUUAGAAUCAGUUAAUUAUACUAAAUCAAGAUUUAAUAGAGUUAAAAAAAGUUUUGAAUUUACAAUUGAACCAGAGUAUAUGGAGGAAAAUUUUAAUUGUCCUUGUACAGGAAUUGGUCAAAAAGGAAUUAAAGGAAAAAAUGGAAGAAAAGGUUUAAAAGGUGUUCCUGGAAAAAAUGGUAAACCAGGUAUUCCAGCACGUGUACCAUGCCAUUAUUUUAUUGAUAUUAAAAAAGCAUGUUCUGAACCAUGUCCUACAGGAAAACAAGGAAAUAUUGGUGAAAAUGGAGAAAUGGGAGAUAAAGGAUUACCGGGACCACCAGGAAAUAAAGGUAAAAAUGGUAUACCUGGAAAAAAAGGUGACAAAGGAUUACCAGGUCCUAGAGGUAUACCAGGAUUAGAAGGAGAUGAAGGUUUACCUGGAUCUGAUGCACAAGAAACACCAUUUAUUCCAGGACCACCAGGACCUGAAGGUGAUCCAGGUAUUCCUGGAGAAAUUGGACCACGUGGAAUGCCAGGUAAUGAAGGUCCUCAAGGACCACCAGGUCCUAAAGGUCCCACUGGUGAGAAUGGUAAAAGUGGUAAACCUGGUAUGGGUGGUUUCAAAGGAUUGAUAGGAGAUCCAGGAAAAGAAGGUGAAAAAGGUGUUUGUCCAACAUAUUGUGCCAAAGAUGGUGGUGUAUUUUUUGUCCAACCACCAGAAUGGUUUUUCCAAAAACAAUAG